AUGCAUAUUAUUUCAAGGAAUUCCCCAUCCAAUUAUAAUGAUGACAAUUUUGGUGAUGGUAACUCAGAUGAUGAAAUUAGUGAAGAUGAUUUUGAAGACACCAAUGGCAAUGAUGAAUUUCAUCAAGGAGGAAAUCACAUUAGUCAAGUGAAUGAUGAUGUGGAAAAUGAAAAUCAAUAUGACUCAGAGUCAUCAAUAUGUCCGUUAACCCAUGAACCAAUAGUUAUUCCAGCCAAAACAAUUUUUUGUCAGCAUAAUCAGUGCUUUGAUCUAAUGGCUUACAUUACUACUUCAUGUCAUACAGGACUUUGGAUAUGCCCAGUUUGUGAUAUAGAUGGUGGUCCAUUUAAUUUGAUAAUUUAUCAACCAGUUGAUAAACAUUUACAUAAUUUUUAUGGUGUUCUUGAUUUUAUCGGUAAGUAA